AUGACAUCUCUUGCGAAGUGACACAACUCUGGCAGCUGUCGAACGGAAAACGCAGCAAAAGUCGCGGCGCAGUAAAAAAAAUAGAAAUCGAAAUUUAUUGUACAGAGAUACAAUACAAAUAAAAAGUAUUUACUUCACUGCAAGCAUAUAAAAAAUACGUAAUUGUUCUUGCUGGGUUGUGUAAAGUGAAGAAUAUAUAUUUUAGCCGUUGAUUGCAGCAGCUGCAAACUAUAGCACUGCAUUUUGCAGCUGCCUUUUUCCGCGUUGUUUUAUUGUUGUGUUGUGUGUGACACACGCACACCAAUAUCUAGUGGCUAGUUUGGAGAGCGCGCGCGGCAAAAAAAGUAGCGAACUAUUGUGUUGAAGUGUGCGUGCGUGUGUGUGUCGGAGUAUUAGUCAUUUUAGCCUGGCCUGGUCGUUGGUCUUGGCUUUUGUUUGCUAACCCGUAACAUUUGGAGCGCAUCAGCAACACCAAAGCAACAGAAACAACAUCUACAAAAGUCGUUACGGCAAAAUCAGCAAAAGGCAGGAUGACCAUACCAUCGAGACCGGCGCCAGCACCGCCCGUGUCCCGGGGUCAAAGUGCAGCGGCGGGUGCGAACGCGAGUCUGGAGCAGCUGCGUCUGCAACUGCAGCAACAGCAUCUGCAGCAGCAACAGGCAACGAAUGGAGGAUUACAAAAGCUGACCAUCAAGUUGCCACCUCCGCCGAAGGGACCAAUGCAGCAACAACAACAAAACGCGUUGCACAAACGCAACAAUAACUUCUUUGAAGUGGAUAACAACAGCACAACAACGGGAUCAAGUAUAACAAGAAAGUUUCCCCAAGCUCGUUAUACGCCAGCAACGAAUUGGAAUGAUUCACCAUUCGAUGGCGUUUCUUCCACGUCCAAUGGCAACAAUGGCAAGAAGAUGCCGCCACCGCGACCGCCACCGCCAAAAGUGCAACUCAAUGGACGCAAAUUGGCAAGUCUGGCGAGUGGGAGUAGUGGUGGUGGUGCAAGUGCUGGAGGUAGUGGUGCUGGUGGCAUCAUUAGCAACAUUUUCAACCGCAAAAAGUCAACGGCAAAUGUGGCUGCUUCCAAGGCUGCAGCUCAAAGUCGCGUCUACGGUCUGAGCAGCGGUCAGAUGUCCACAACAUCAUCAUCAUCAUCAUCAACGACAGCAGCGUCUGCAGCUGCAGCUGCCACAUACGGCAGUGGCAACGUCUACGACUGGAAUGCGGCAUGGAAUACAGCCACAACAACAACCACAACGACAUCAUCCUCGACAACGAAGACAUCCUCGAGUGGCUAUCAAAGGGGGGAGGCAGAUGCCCAGCUGAUCAGCUUCGAUUCACCGCCAUCGUCUCCAACGUUUACCCAGAAGUCAAACAGCGAUUGCGUUAGCGUUGAUAGCUUCAGCUCCGACAGCAAUUUCAGCUCACCCAACAAUGGCAGCGUCUCACAGCCGGAGAGCGGUUUCGAGGAUGAUUACACACGCUCACGGCCUGCCACCCAGAGUCCCCUGGUGGAUCCUUGGGAAGCGGUGGACGGCGGCAUCUAUGGCGGUGGCGUUGAUAGCUUUGGGGCGGCGCCAGUGCGUCAGAUGCAACCACUGCAAACGCAAACGCGCAGCUCGGACAAUCCACUGUGCAAUGGCCGCAGUCUGUUGCCGCCUCCACAGUCGUUGACCAUGCCCACCAUCAUCAAGCCGAAGAUAUCUCAGAAACCCAAGGCGCCCAAACCACCGCCAUUUAUUGGCCAGCCACCGAUGUUCGCCUAUGGCGCCAACACACCACCAUCACCCCCCAUGCCUCAGGUUCCAGCACCGUCACUUUUAGCCGCUGCCGCAGCGGGAGCAGCUCCCAAAAACAACAUCUCGUUGCUGGACGUGAUCUCGGGCAAAGUGGAUGCAUUGGCUCUAAGCAACGGCAGCUCGGGUUACGUGGAGGAGACACAGCCGCCAUUUGCCAUUGCGCUCUACGACUUCGAUGGCGUCGAGGAGGGCGAUCUGAGCUUUAGAGAAGGCGAGAGAAUCUAUUUGCUGGAGCAGCCCACUGAAGAAUGGUUCCGUGGACGCACGCGUUCUGGCUGUGAGGGUCUGUUUCCGGUUAAUUAUGUGGAAGUCAAGGUGCCAUUGGGAGGAGACAGUGCAGCAAGUGCGGCACAGUCACAACAACAACAGCAGCAGCAGCAACAACAACAACAAGUACAACAGUUGCACAUGGCGCGUUGCUUGUACAAUUUCCCCGGCGAGGUUGAAGGAGAUUUGGCCUUGAGGGAAAACGAGCUGGUCAAUGUGCUAUAUCGCAUCAAUGAGGAUUGGCUGUAUGGCGAGGUUGAUGGCAGACAGGGCCAGUUUCCGGCCAAUUUCCUAGAGUAUCAACCCGAAAAUCUGCCCACUCUGUGAGGGCAAAGGAAUAUAGACAUAUAUACAGAUAAUAUCAGAAAGCAGGAGCAGGAAUCAGCAAACUAUAUUUAACUAUAUUAUUAUACAAGGAAUUCUAUGUCAAUAAGUGCUGAGCAGCAAAUGUUGUUGGAACUGAACCAUAUUGUAUUUCCCUCUUUUUGGUAAACCACAACACAAACACACACACACACAACAGAUUUAAUAAUAAAUAUAUUUACAAAUAUGAUAUUUGUUUGUUAAGUUAAUUAGGAACUAUUUUAACAAGACUAUUUUAUUACCGCCUUCAAAAAUUGUUUAUUUCCAAUUGAUUGUUAAUGUAAUUUAAUUGUUUAUAGCUGAUUCUAAAGUAUUCGAUUAUAUUGAUAUUUUGAUAAAUGUUUAUAAGAAAUUUCCAUUGCUUUUUUUUUGUUUAAUUCGCUUAAGUUUAGUUAUCUAGUUAGGCACAUUAACCAUUUCCAAUUAUUAAUCUUAUAAAACAAUUUAAUUAUACAAAUGUGUGUGCUAUCUGAGAGAAAUAACUAGCUUAUAAGCUAUAGGAACUAGUUAGAUAUCAGGCAAAUCUAUACAUAUGUCAAGCUACGAUGAACUGAAAUAAAUGUAAAAUGAUUAAAUAAAAAAAAA